AUGGUAGAAGAAAGGAAUGGAUCAACUGAUAUAAAAAUAAAAUUUAUAAACAAUGAUGGUAAAAGAGAAAGUUUAAUACUGUUGAAUUCACUCAAAAAUUUAAUCAAAACUCAACUUCCAAACAUGCCGGCCGAGUAUAUUACACGUCUUGUUCUUGAUAAAAACCAUUCUUCAUUAAUAAUAGUUAAGAGAGGCUCACAUGUUGUUGGUGGAAUCACGUAUCGACUUUUCAGUGAUAACAAUUUAGCUGAAAUUGUUUUUUGUGCAGUGAGUUCAACCGAACAAGCAAAAGGUCAUGGUUCAUUUAUGAUGAAUAAUUUAAAAGAUCAUUUAAAAGACAAUUGUGGUAUUAGAUACUUGAUGACUUAUGCUGAUAAUCACGCAAUGGGUUUUUUUAAAAAAAAUGGUUUUACCACCGAUAUUACUAUCAAAAAAAAACUUUGGGUUGGUUACAUAAAAGACUAUGAUGAGGCAACAAUGAUGCAACUGGAGUUAUUGUUAAAAGUUCAAUAUCAUCAAAUUGAUGAAAUUUUGUCUAAGCAAAAAUCAACAAUUCAAAAAUUAAUAUUUGAGCAUCGUAAAAAUGUACCAGAAUAUCCUGGUCUCGCAAUUUUCAAAAAUAACAAUAAAAGCUCGAUAGAUCCCAUGGAAAUACCAGGUAUUAGAGAAUCCGGUUGGACACCAGAAAUGGAAGCUAAGGCUCGUGGUAAUAAGAAAACGAUCCGUGAUAUCAUGGCAAUUAUAACAUCCGAACUUAAAAAGCAUGCAAAAUCAUGGCCUUUUCGUGACCCAGUUAAACCUGAAGAAGUCCAUGAUUAUUAUACAAUCAUUAAAAAUCCAAUGGAUCUAUCAACAAUUGAAUCUAAAGUCGAGAGUAAAAUUUAUAAAUCUAUUGAAGAAUAUAUUAAUGACGUUAGAACUAUUUUUAAGAAUUGUCGAAUUUAUAAUUCUGAAGGAACCAUUUAUGUUAAAUUUGCGAAUAGUUUAGAAAAAUUCUUUAAUAACAGAUUAGAAUAUUACGAUGUGCAUGUUGAUAAUAAAUGA